AGACUGUUAUCUGUUCCUCUGUGCCAUAGUUCACUAUCGGACGCUGCUCCAAUGCCCUGGAUCACAGCGCCUGUCUCCUCGCAGGACCCGUCCGCUCUACCCACAGUUCUCCGCGCUCAGACAAGAUGGAGGAACGCAGCAGCUGCAGGAGAACAAUGUUUGGACUCUGAACAUUAAAAGAAACGAUCGAGGGGGGAAAUACACACAGAGAGAGCCAACGGUGGACAUGCACUGGAUGAGUGAGGUGGCCUUGCAUUAAAGCAGACCCUGUCGCCCUCUGUUCCAGCAUCAGCAUCAGUGUGUAACACUCUGCGCCUUGCCCCUUCAACAUGAGCUUGAUCCAGGACAAAUUUGGAAAUGAGUUCCUCCGCUCCAACGGUGGCAUGGAGCCAGGCUUUGGUCCAGGCAUGCUCAUGUUCAGCCACCUACCCCCUGUUACUAGCUUCACCCGGCUGGCCAGUCAAACAGUUAUGGCUGAUCUGCAGCCCCACGAGAUGAUCUUGAAGAAGGAGAGGGACUCGCCAGACUGUGGAGGAGGGCUGAGUGCUGGAGGCAUGGGUGGUGGAGGUGGCAUAGGAGGGAUGAUGGGAAGCAUGGGAGAUUACGUUCAUGCAAUGGGCAUUAAACAGGAGAAGGUCUCUGAACAUGAUUACAGGCUGCCUCUCUACCCUGGAGGUGGAGCCGGAACUGGGAUACGAAGUGGAGGAGAGUUGCUGGAGGUCUCGCUGGGUAACCAUCAGAACCUGGUGGUCCAUGACCUCAGUCUGGGAAACCUGUCAGGACGGCUGGUAAAGGAAUCCUCAGGGAGGAAAGGUCGAAGGUCAAACGGCGAGGGACAGGAGGCCAAGACACGGAGGAAACGAGGAGAGUCGAAGUCAAUGAUGCUGGAUCCAGAUGGAGGGAGCUUGUCUCCAAACUCCAAACCGCACAUCUGUGAGCACUGCAAUGCAGCAUUCAGGAGCUCCUAUCAUUUACGCAGACAUGUGCUUAUACACACAGGUGAGAGGCCUUUCCGCUGCACUCAGUGUAACAUGAGCUUCAUUCAGAAAUACCUCUUACAGAGACACGAGAAGAUCCACAGUGGAGAGAAGCCAUUCAGCUGUGACCAGUGCAACAUGCGUUUCAUCCAGAAGUAUCACAUGGAAAGACACAAGAGAACUCAUAGUGGAGAAAAGCCAUAUAAGUGUGACACCUGCCAACAGUAUUUUUCCAGAACAGACCGGUUGCUGAAGCACAAGCGGACGUGUGGAGAUGCCAUAAAAAAGGGUGUGGAUGGGGCAGAGCACGAGUUGGGCUCAGCAGGUGAUGGAGAACAUGGCAGCUACGGAAUCUCUCAGGGAAAUGCUGCUACGCCUAGCCGCAAACGGGGCAAGACAAAAAAUGCUGGUGAAGGGGGUGAGCGAAAACGUAAAAAGUCAUCUGGGUCUAUGGGAGUGACACAUAGUCAGGGGGUGGACAGUUACGGGGUGCAUGACUUUGGCUCAGCCGGGAACCACAUGGUAUCAACGUCAUCUUCAGCCCAGCCGGGCCCCAGCAUGCAUGGUGAACAUGGCCGGGCUCCCAAGAUGCCCUUUAAGAAAGGGAAUAGGAAGUUCCUGGAGAAAAAUACUCACCCCAUGGAUCAAUCCAAGCCAGGAGGCAUGGAGUUGCCUGCAGGAGGAUGCUUGGAAAGCCUCGGGCUUCUUCAAGGUUCAGGGGUCAAAGUUGGUUCCAGCAGCAGUAACUAUGAUGAUGCCAUGCAGUUUUUGAAGAAGAGACGAUACAUUCAUGGGCCGAACAGUGGCGGUGCUGCUUCUGGAACUUCAGACUAUGACGUAGGUGUAAGUCAUCUGCAUUCGCAACCCACAGUCAUUCAUGGUGUAGUUUCUGGGGUCCUAGAUGGCGAUGCUGCACUGGGCCUCCUCGACUCAUCCCCUCUGGGAGAUAUAAAGCAGGACAAGUCUGGUAUCCCAGAUGAGGUUCUCCAGAGCUUGUUGGACCACUAUGCUCACAAGCCUGAAGUGACCUUCGACAUCACCGAUCCCCAUCACGUUGAGCUCCAGCCAGCCACCACGGAUGCUGCAGACCCGUUGGGAACUGAGGACACCCCGUCAAGUCCCAACAGUGGCGACAAAGCUGUAAUCAUGCAUGAGUACUCACGUUUUCUCCUACAGGCACUGGAGAGGACCAGUCACAGCGCAAGCUUCCCAAUGGGUUCCAGUCCUGGUUCUUCCGUGACUACCACAGUACCUUUUUCAGGCCCUAGCCUGCUUUUGUCAGACAAGCAUGUGUAUACUUCCUCACCUCUGGAGUACUCGUACUCUCAACCUGUUUCGUCUUCACCCUCUCUUUCAUCUGUGCCAAAGUCCCACUUUGGUCUUCUUGAGGGCUCGUCGCCUCCAACGGGCUUCCACUUGAGCAGCCUGGAGCAGUCUGUGCACACGCAGCAGCUCACACCUUCCCAGGAGCUCACCGAACAGCUGGAGAAGCAGCACACCUCCCCUCCGCCGCCUCCACACACCCCUAACACCAACGCCUACCAGAUCACACCUCAGCCUCCAGACCUGGGUGGUCCAAAGGAACAGCAAGGGCCAAAAAAUGGAGCCGCAGCCACCACAGGAGGAUUCUCCCUGGCUGCGUCCCAGGACCUGGCCACGCUGGACACAGCCAAGGCUCCUUAUCAGAUCGAGAACUUUGCCCAGGCUUUUGGGGCGCAGUUUAAAGGGGGCCGAGUGUCCCUGGCCUUCAGCAGUGACUCGGGGGGAGAGGUAACUCACCGCUUACAGACGUCAGUCUCGGAAUUCUCAGGGUAUAGCAGUCUCUUGGCUGAUGCCAGCGACCCAGUCAGCAGUGGCUCCAAAACCCCAACAAGCCAAAGCUACAGGUGAAUGGGCUCCUGUGCCUAGAUGCUCAGAUGGAGGUUCCCUAUUUUAAUUUUGUCAUGCUGUCUUUAUUUUGUAUUGCUGUUGUUGUUGUUAUUAUUAAUAUUGUUAUUAUUAUUGUUAUUUAGGUCUCCUACUUUAAUGAAAUUGUAAUGUUUUUAAGUAAUGUUUUUCUCACUGCCAUUAUGUUCACAUGAAAUUUCACCCCUCCUUUGGCCUGUGAUGCAUUUUCCAUUAUUACGUUCUUCUUUUCUUUUUUUCGAUUUCCUUUGGAAUAAAAGGAAAUGCUCCAUAGACUUUUAGUUCUGCUCUGUUAAUCAAUAGACGAUAAAGAAAGCAAAAUUAGUAUAGUUUGCUUUUUUUUUUUUUUUUUUUUUUUUUUUCUCUCAAAAGUCAUUCAUUUACAUUUUCACAUUUGACUUCACAGAAAUGUAAAAAUAAUUAUGAACAAGCAAUGGCAGGGAGUCACCCAGAACUGAAAUCGUCUGUUACAAUGAAUCAAGUAUUACUCAGGAAAACGUGUGGACAGCAAAUCUCUAAGAAGGGUAGCAAGCAUUCAUCCAGGAGGCAGAUAUUUUUGCAAAUACAAAGAGCUUUUUCAGGAGAUUUUUUUUUUUUUAAUUCUAAUUCUUCUGAAUAAGUUCAUCAAGCAGACGAAAAUGCUGCCUGUUAAAUUACACUGACACCACUUUCCACUUAGCUGUAUAGAGAUUAUGGUACUUUUAUGUCAAUGUGAAAUGCUCACAUUCGCUUUCAGUAAGGGCCAUAUAUAUAUAAAUAUAUAUUUAUAAGAAUAUCUGUGUGUAAAAUAACAUAUACUCUCUCUUGAGACUGGCAGGUGACUUGGAGGGGGAUAAAGAGGGACUGAGUUUGUGAAGGGAGGCCCGUGACUGUCUUUUUUUCCCCUUGGAUUGUGAAGCCAAGGGCUAUACACUAGGGGGCACUGCAUGUGAGCGUGUAAGUGCCUCUUGGCUCAGGCCACAUCAUAGGAUCCUUCUGCGCCUGUCUGGCUUACUCCUCCCUCUCUCCCUCCGUCCACUUCUCCUUUGCCCUCUUCGUCAGAAAGAAUCCCAUUUAGCACUUUUUUUAAUCCUGUUUAUUUUACACGGUGAAUGAAACUACCCAGGCUGUUCACACAGAAUGUGAACUGUGUAACUGACAUGCUGUUUUGAAAAGGGGGCAGUGGACAGAAAAGGGGCGGGACUCAUUUUAGGAAAGCGUAGAUUAUGUUGAAAAGACCAAUGAUAAGGUCUUCUAGAAAAUGUUAGUUUCAAUGGGACGUGUUUGCUGGAAUUAAGGGUGGGCUUUUCUCGGGGGACGGGAGUGUAGGGUGUCUUUUUUUAUAUUUUAUUCCUAGUUUCUCAUUGACGCAGGGCAGGUUAUAAAGGGGGAUUUUUCUUCUCCUUUUUGUUAUUUCAAAAGUAUUGUGUUGGGAAAAUGUGCUUUGUGGUAAAAUGGCCCCUGUUGUACCACUUUUUUUUGUUUUGUUUUUCAAGCCUUUCUCCAGAGGCGACUUGUAAAAAGUCCCGAUCUUAGUAAUUUAUAUAGUAUUGGUCCUAAAUAUACUGAUGGAACAGUCCAAAAGGAAUUUAGCCGACUUAUUGCAGUGUGCAUGCAGGGCAAAGUAUUACCUUGAACUACAUUUUUAUAUGUUUGAUUUUGUACUGUACAAGUAUUAUUGUCUUUUUUUUUUUUUUUAAUCGACAACGGUCUUCCAUCAGCGCUGUUGGCUGCUGUUACACUGUCCUUGAAUUACUGUCAUCUAAUGUUGUUCCUUUUUCAUGCGUUUUGCCUACCGAUCCCCAAAAGGACAGAACCACAUGCAAGAUUGUUUGACAGGCGGACUCCUCUUAGGGAACACAUACUGACCACUAGGAUUCAUUUAGGAAGGUUGGGGUACUCCGUUCACAACAAUGGAAAUAAUAAUAAUAAUAAUCAUCAUCACAUUAAUGAGGAGUGUGAUGAUUAUAAUGAAAUAAUCACAGCUGAUGUUUUUAUACCUCAUAUCACUGGUGACAGAAGCAGGGAUAUCAAAGAGUGACUGUAUGUAGCAUGACUGAUGUGGCUACCGUUAAGAAACGCCUCAAAUAGUCCCUUUGCCAUUUUUUUUUUAUCGUGCUAUUUACUUUUUUUUCCCUCUUCAGAGACAAUUUUAUGUGAACGCAAGGUUCUUGAAGUUGGUCACUUUGUAUCGUUUCAAUAAAUGUAAGGUCAGGAGAUCUAAAGAUGCUAUGAAUUGAAAUCUAAAUUUAUUCAGAUGAGCACAGGCUAUUAAUGUUUUUUUUUUUGUUUUUUUUAUUCAGCCUGUGCCCAACAGUUAUAUUCUGUGAUUUGUUUUAUGAUUUGAUGUGAAGCACAGCUGAAAAAUGUGUAAAGCCCCCUCAGACACUGUUAAGCAUUGAAUGAUGUGGCUUGAUCUGUCUGUCAGUGCUUGCCACCAUUAGGAUGGAUUUCUUGACACUUUUUAAUGAAUUUUUUUGGCUUCACGCUUUAUAUUCCUGGACGUUUUGUUUGUGUUGGUGUUUUUUUUUUUUUUUUUUUUUUUACAUGGUUAAUAACACUAAUUUUUUUCCCCUUUUUUAUUUUUUUUGCAUGUACAUUUUUUCAGAAUUUGUUCUUUUUGCUCCCAUUUGUCACCAUGCCAAAUUUGUAGCUAAUGAUCUUUUUCUCUCCUGUCUUAUUUGAUUACAGAUUCUUGUGAUCUGAUACACAGGGCUAUACCUGUCCAUUUUGACUUUUAUUAUUGAUUAGGAAAAACAAUAAAAAUGCUGAGAUCA